ACAAAAAAAGUUGUUACAAUUUUUAUUCUAUGGCAUUCUGUAUGUCUGUCUGUUGUCAAAUCAAAAAACGAGCGAAAAAUUAGUGUUUGAGAGUUAUUUUGUGAAAGAGAUUUGUGAAAAUUCACAUAAUCACGAGAUUGUGAAACAAUAAUAACUUUGAUAUUAGUGCUGCUUGAAUUGUGUUGUACAGUGUCGUUUAGAAUUACGUUUCAUCCAAGUAAUCCAUGUGUGAAUAUACGUAGCAUCAUGCCUCCCAGAACAAGAGCAGCGAAGUCAACAAAAGGAUUGAAAGAAAAUAUCGUAGUCGGCACGAAGACAAAACAAAAAACUACUGUGAAAGAAACAAAAUCUGUAAGGAAGGUUUUAGCUGACAAAACAAACUCUGCCUCAGACGAUAAUGCGUCGAUAGAAGCCCCUAAAAAAGUGGUGAACAAACCUUCAGUUGUGCCGAAAACUUCUAAGAUACAGAAGGAGAAUGAUAACACGAUCAGACCACAACGUGAUCGGCGACUGCCGGAUCGUUUUGUAGAAAACAAGGUAUUGAAAAAUUUAUCUAAUAGCAAAGAAAAGUUGGUAACUACUCCAGUUUCCAAGGACGACAAAAGCUCAGUUAAGGAUUCUAUUGUGGAAUCGCCUUUUAAAACUCCUCAAAAAGUAGGUGAAACUAGUCUCAUUGCUUCAAGACCACGUAGAGUAUGUCGUUUACCAUCUAAGUUUGAUGACCACUCUAUCAGUCCCAAUAAAUUUAUACCAGUUCAACCAUCUCAUGCCAGUACACCUUUAGUCCAGAAGAAAGUUAUUACCCCCAGCACAAACAACACACAACAUAAGAAUAAUGUCAGUAACAAGGCUACACCACCAAAACCUAAAUCAGUUGAGGCAUCACCUAAUAAGAAAGUUGUAAAAUCCAUUGAGGUAUCACUUAAGAAAGGUGUGCCCAAAAAAAAUAUGAAGAAAGUUUCCCCUGACACAAAUAACAAUGCUAAAGGUAGAACACUUCGAGCUAGGAAAGUUGUACCCAAGGAAACUAAUCAAUCAUCAUCUCUAAUUAGCCCUGAGAAAAAAGUUAAAAGCCCUAUGAAAAGAAGCCCAGUUAAAAAGACAAAGCCUAUAAAUAAAAACUUUUCCUUUAAAGUUUUUGAAGAGAAUAAAAAUAAUCAAAGCAAUCAAGAUGUGUAUGAGUUUACUUAUGAUCCAAAUGAAGAACCACCUCCUCAGAAGAAGAAAAAGAAAGUUGUUAGAAAGAAACAAGCAAAACCUAAAAUGGUUUUCUUUAAAAACAACUAUGACAUUAAUGUCUCUAAAGCUUUGACAGCUUUGAAGAAUGUUGUCGCUAAGAAACAGACCCCUAUGCCUAAUGAUUCAGGAAAAAAUACACACCAACCACAUCAAAUUGGAGCUUCAACAAUUGAUAUAAAUUCACAUCAAGUAUCACAAAAAUCAGCAAAUGUAAACAUCAAAAGUGUACCACAAAUCCAGAGAAAUAUAGCAUCUAAGAUAAUUAUUGGUGGAGCUAAUCAACAUGCUGUUACAAAUAAUAUUUAUUCUGUUCAAGGGCAUCAGAAUGUCCAAACAGGCAUUCCAAAAUUACAACUCACUGCUAAUGUUGCUGCUGUUCAACCUCCUCCCAAAAUGGAUAAAAUACCUGAACAGCACAAAUCUAUAAGGGUUGAAGAUAUUGCAGCAGACUUUGAACCCUCCUUACAUGAUGACAUGAAUUAUUCUCCAGUAAAUUCACCUAUGCGCCCACAAACUCCUGUACCACAGCAAAACACAUCUGCUGUGCAUAUCAGCAAUGAUCCCCUCAACCUAAGGGAGAAUUUGAGCUUCUUUGAUGAAAAUCCUGUUGCUAGCAGCAGCAUGAAUACUUCAGUCAGACAUCCUCAUGCAAGUCCAUGGCGUGUUGAAUUUGAAAACUUACCUAUCCGCUGGCAUGUCAAUUCAUAUGUCAAAGCAAACAUGACCCCAGCUGUUGAAUGCUCUUUUGUAAACUUUGAAGACAAAAAGAAACAUGUCUACACCAAUUUAGUAGCAGAAUCUAAUGAUUCUCUGCCUGAAAUUGUGUCAAAAGAUCAACCAAAUCUAAUACAAACCAGUAUGAUUUCUUUCAUUAAAGAAGUGAUGGAAAAAAGUUCCACCAAAAAGAAAAAAGCGAGAUCUGUAACACCAGUAACUGCCAGUCUGUUCAAUGAUACAGCUAAUAAAAGCCCUUCUAAAACUGUUGAGAAUGUUAAUAGAACUUCUAGACAACUUUUUACUCCUAAGAAAGAUACUGACAAAGCUUACUCUGAUAAUUUAGCUGUAGAAAAUGUAAAAGAUACUUCCAAUGAUAAAGAAAACUCUAAGGAAUCAUCCAAAGGUCAGAAAAGAAAGAAUAAUGUUGAUCCUAAUGAGGUGCCAGCGAAAACUCCGCGUAAAGAAAAAGACAACACAUAUUUUGGGUUUGAUGACAGUGAGAAUCAAGAUCAGGAGAAUGUGUCUCCACAAAAGAUUGUAGAAGGUCGGAAACGCGGUUUGAGGCCUAGAGCAAGAGCUGUUUUGAAAGAAAUUAAUGAACAGACUGGUCCCACUCGAGCAGUUGUUCCUGUUGCUGCUAAAACAGCUCAAAGAGUUGAAGUGGAGAAACUGUAUGAAGAAAUGAAGUCGGCCACAGAUGCUCCUGUGUUCCCUGAUAAGGAACAGGAAAACAUUGGGACAACAAAUGUGAAUCAGACUGUAGAAGAAUUGCUGGAUGAGGAUUCCCAAUCUGUGCAUCUGUUUGAGGAUAUUGAACUUGUCCAUCACUUAAAGCCACAAAGGAAAAGCUAUGGUAAAGCCAAGAAGGUGACAUUCCGACAGCGUUCAAGUGAUAGUGACACUCAGGUCAGUGACCCAAGGCCAGAGUUGGAUUCUGAUGAAGACAUGAAUGACCUUACCUUUGAUCCUGGUGUACCAUUUGUGGAAGAGAGGAAGACUAAGAAGAAACAAACUAAGAAACAGAAGUUGACUAAGAAAGAGAAGGAGGAAGCAGACGCGUGGGCCGCUAGCUUUAACUCCAUGUGCGAAGAUGUUGACGAGUUUCCAUUAAUAGUCGAGUGAUCAGAUCACUCCCGCCGCGUUUUAGGUUUGUUCAAAAUAUCAAUCAUUUUAAAUUAUCAUGGAUAAUAUCUUAAAAUUGGUUCUCAUGCAAAAUAUUAUCAUGGAAAAUUUUAAAGUAUCAUUUAUUAUCAUGUUAACAUUACCUAUUAUUUGAAAUAUUACUAAUAAUAUAAAAUUGCAAGUUAUGCUGUUUUUAAAAGGAACUACUUAUAAAGUAAUAAUAUGCGAUGUAAGUUAGUGCAAUAUAGCACAGUAUAAAACAUAUUCAAGGGUAUUUUAAAAUUGUUGUAUGGACAAAAAAACAUAUGUGUUACUAAUAAUUUAAAACUAAUGCAUAAAACUUUAAAGUUUUUGAGUGUAGAUUUGCCAUACAGUUUUUAAUAAAACAUAAAUAAAUCCUUUUCUUGAACGUAAUUUUUAGUUUUUAAAAUGAAAAAUAAUUAUCAUGAAUUCUACUAUGACUAUGACAAAAAUUAAGAGAUUAUAUUUUCGUGGCCAUAUCUUUGCCAUCAUGUCAAGUACAAAAUAUUGUCACAAUUUUUUUGGUUUAUUUAGUCUGAAAAUGGCCAUUGCAUUUUUAAUUUACAUUAAGUUUAAUUUUGGUUUAAGAACUCAUUUUAUUAAGUUAAAGUAUAGUAUAGUUGUAAUAUAUUUUAAGUUAUUAAGAGGAAAAAAGGGAUUCCAUGAAGUUUUACGAUUUAGUUAACUAUAGUUUUAGUGUCAUAUGCUCCAGAAUACUGUGAUUUGAUCUGAUGAUUGAAACUUAGGUCCAUUUGGUCUACAAUAUCUCAGUUUUUAUUUAACAAAUCUCACAUAUAACACACUUCAUAGAAUUCGACAAUAAUUUCAUGAUAUAGUUAUUACAGAGUUAUUUAAUUCCAAUUUAUACUUUUAAGUUUUAAUGUUUUAUAUUUGACCUUAUACUCAAAUACCA